ACUCGGAAGUCCGUGGUCUAAUGGGUAAUGAUCAGGUUGCUGUGCUGAGGGAACCGGGUUAGAAACCAACCACGGGAGCAUCUUGGGUCACUGGGUGUGUGCUGCUCCUUAUUGAACCUCUUUGACGCCAACUUGGGUAAUCGCCGCUCCACAUUGAUGCCAACCUGCGUCGCUCGAUGGGUAUGCAUAUGCCAGUGGGUAUGUGCAACUUGGGUGCAAUCGAACCCGCGUCCUAUAUCUUCAGGCACACUUGUGUGGCCUUCGCGGCGGCGCGUCGAUAUGGCCGAGCAUGUCCAGAGGGAAGUGCGAGGGAGAAGCCCGGGUGCAUAUACGCCUCAAAUAUAUGACGCAUCUCUGCGGUGGCAAUACGUUGUCGCUAUACUUUGCUACAUUGCCACUCGCGUCAACAUCGACAUUCAUGGUGAGAUAGGUUCUGCCGUAAUUUUUUUAAAUUAUUAUUUGUCGCUUGCUGUCACAUUUGUUUGUUAUUUUUCGCAGGGCGCAGAAGGCUGCGCUAGUGUGAGUAGCACUAAAACUGUCAUCGUUUUUUUUUUUUUUAUGUGUCCGUUUUUGCUCAGAGUCGCAGAAAUGUUUACACAUCAAUGGCAAAUUUGAUCAGUGAAUUUCGCCGUCUAUCUUCUUAAUCUCAUAGUUUCUUUAUCUUCCCCUGCUUUGAUAUUUUUUCCUUUCUCUCUGUCUCUUCUUUUCGUACCAGUGUGAUUAUACUCUCAGUGUUUUUCUGUAUUUCUUUAAAAUUUUCAAAUUUACUUUCCUCACACCGCUCAACUCUUGGUCAAUACCCCACAGUGGGUACGCGCCACAGUUAAUGAAAUCAUCAUCAUCAGUUGAAAUGCUUCGAAGUCCCCUCGGGCGUUGCCGAGUGGUGCUGACGCAAGCGGCGACCCAGAACGCGUGAGAGGAUGGCCUGAAAGUCUGGACCAUCCACUUGCGUCCGUCGUCAAUCUUCUGUAGCCAACCGAGCUACAAAAGGCGGGAAGGACACCAGUUCAGCCAUGGAGCAAGCACAAGGCUUCCGCAGUGGCGUCGCGGCUCUUCCGGAGUAGCGGUCUCUGGCGGGCGCCAGCAACAGUGCCGUCCCGGGACGGCCUGCGGCUUGUCUCAUGGCCGCGGCCGUGUCCACGAGAGCCGCCCUGCUGCUGGCUUUCGUCUGCGUCCAGUUAUGCAGGGGCGCCCAGGGCGCAGUCGAUGCCGUCAUCGACACCACCUUCUUCGGGCACCACCUCCUCUCAGUGAGAAUUGACAGCCAGGCACACCUGAAGACGCUACUGGAUGUGAAAGAUAAUCUCGACCUAGACUUUUGGAGUCAUGCAAUCAAAGAGGGUCACACUGGACUGGUGAGAGUACCCCCGGAGAGCAUCAACGAAAUCGUGGAUGUUAUGGAGUCUGCGGGCAUACAAUACUACGUCAACUCGGACAACUUGCAAAGUCUGGUGAACGAAGAGAAGCGCCUCAUCGCCCCCGACGAUGCGAGCGCUACCAAAGGGGAAACGGCUUCUGACCUUCUCGACUACGCGCGCUAUUACAGCUACAAGUCUGUAACGAAGGCGUUGCUGGGAUUUGCGAAAGUCCACAGCUUUCUUGAAACGCAAGUUAUUGGGCAAACUCACGAUGACAACGACAUCAUCGCUGUGAAGGUAGCCAGCGAAAGCGACCUUCCUGUUAUUCUGAUCGACUGCGGUGUUCAUGCCAGGGAGUGGGUCACUAUCUCCGCUUGCAUGUACAUCGUCAACGAGCUUGUCAGCCGCCAUCAGGAGCGAACCUCAGACGUCUCCGAAAUAUUCAACUACGAGUGGCGAGUGAUCCCCUGCCUCAAUCCCGACGGAUACGAGUUCUCUAGGAAAUCGAACAGGAUGUGGAGGAAGAAUCGAUCAGUUCAGUACUCGUCCAAUGGCACAAAGUGUUACGGUACCGACCUCAACCGUAAUUUCGACGUGUCAUUCUGCAGCACGCCCGACGAGGCGGAUCCCUGCAAGGAGACCUUCUGUGGCAAGGCGCCCUUCUCGGAGCCGGAGUCGCACGCCUUCCGGGAAUACGUGACUCAAUUCCGCAAUAGGAUAGCCUUCUACUUCAGCUUCCACGCUUUUGGAGACCUCUGGCUUAUCCCGUACAGCUUCCGCUCCGAGAGGCCGCCGGACUACGACGAACUGAUGGCGAGGGCAAAUCGAGCAGUCGCGGCGAUACAGGAGGUUAGCGGCACCCUCUACAAAGCCGGAUCCAUAUCUUCCUUACUUUAUAUCGCUCCGGGCACUGCAAUCGACUGGAUGUAUGUCAAGAAGGGUGUCCGAAUGAGCUUCACCAUUGAAAUUUCUUCAGAGAAGAACGGAUUUUUUCUAAACCAAAGCAACGUCAUCGACGUCCCGAAGCAAGCAUGGGUUGGCGUGGUAGCCGCCAUUCAAUAACAUUAAAUCAAAUUGCAAGUCAA